CCACCUCAACAGCUGACUCUAAACUUGUAGCAGUGGAGCAGCAGCUCACAGUGUGUGUGGGAAAGAGGGACGUGAAAGUAGGACAAAGGAGUCUGGCCCCCUUCCCUGUCGAACCAUAAGCACAGAGAUCUGCGACAGUGGGGGAGAAGACACCACUCCUGGGUGGAGAGGGAAAAGAAGAGGCCAACUUUUCUGUCAGGCUCGCUGCAGUCACUGAGGGGGGACACGUCACUGGGGUUCAGAUCAGUGUCUGCGUUGCCGAGUGGCUCAGGUUUGACUCGCGACUGUCCGACGAAGGGGUAGCUGAGCAGGAAGCCCACCGCCUGGAAACAUGCACAAACGUACCAAGAUAAAGAUUGCCAUCUUUGUGUUGCUGGUGGGCAUGGCGUGCAUGUUCACAGCCGUGGUGACGGACCACUGGGCCGUGCUGAGCCCGCGGGUGGAGAAACUCAAUGAAACCUGCGAGGCGGCCCACUUUGGCCUGUGGAGGUUGUGCAAGAAGUACAUCUACAUCACCCCGGAAAACUACGUGGAGGGGCACGGCUGUGGACCAAUCAGCCUGCCUGGAGAGGAAAACUGCACUUACUUCAGGCACUUCAAUCCAGGGCAAGAUGCGGAGAUAUUUGAAUAUAAAACACAAAAAGAGUACAACAUCUCCGCUGCAGCCAUCUCCAUCUUCAGCCUGGCCUUCAUGAUCCUGGGCUCUCUGUGUCUGCUGGGAUCAUGUACCGGGAAAGGCAAAGGAAGAGACUACCUCCUCAAACCUGCUGGCAUGUUCUUUGCAUUUGCAGGCAUCUGCGCUUUCAUCUCUCUGGAGGUGAUGCGUCAGUCGGUCAAGCGCAUGAUUGAGAGCGAGGACACCAUUUGGAUUGAAUACUACUACGCCUGGUCCUUCGCCUGUGCCUGUAGCGGCUUCGUCCUUCUCUUCGUCACUGGCAUCACGCUCCUCGUCCUCUCCAUGCCCCAGAUGCCCAGGAAUCCGUGGGAGACUUGUAUGGACGCCGAGCCGGAGCAAGUGGAGUGACGCUGGACGGGCAAAGCACAACCAAGGAUGGGUCUGACUAAAGCUUGGAGCUCAGAUGUUGGAUUUGGUUUGAGAACAAGAAUGUUUUACAUCAAAAAAUUAAAUAAGGGAGACUUCUUGGUGUUUUGUGGAUCAUGGCCAUCUUAAUGAAAAGGGGCUUUCAAUGUGCUCAGUAUUCUGUAGGCUCAAACUGCAAAACCUACCACCUCAUGUUGAAGAACCCAAAUCUGACUCAAAAUCCACUUUUUAAAAAAAAAAAGGUCAUCCACAUUUAGAAACACAACAGUACCACCUCUUUAUGUCCUAGCUCAUUUUUCAGAACUGAUUUGACAAAUAUGUGAUUAUGAAGAGACCACGGUGAGCUCCCAUGUGUCACUGUCAAUCAUGUUUUGGGUAAAACUCAAAGGGAUAGUUCAGACUUUUAAAACUGGUUCUGUGAAAAGGUUGCGAGCAAAUAAUAUCUUACCUGCUGUAGAAUACUCUGAAUAACGUAAAGCCUGGUUCACGAGGUAAGAUUUUGAAACAGUUGGCUGAUAUUCAGACCAUCUCAAAGGCUCAUUGCCCUCAGGGAACACCACACGUUGUGAUAUCAGGCCGAGACAAUACAAUAUAUUGAAUAUUCCCCAUUUGAGACCGGAGUGGUCCUGAUGUCCUUUUGAGCUGACUAGAUCACUCUUAACGCACCACACUGCAGGAAUAUCUCAGAUUAUCUUUAGAGCCAUCAAGAUAAUCGGGCGUCCUUACGAUUGUCGGAAGGUCAGAAUCGGGUUAAAAAUUGGCACAAUAAACUUGCCGUGUGAACCAGGGAUUAGUUUGAAACAACUGAGCGAUUACAUCGAGUGGACUGUAAACUAUAGUGGACUGCUGCCAAAUGAAAACUCAUUCUCAAAAACUUCAUAUUUUUUGCAAAUGCUACAAGCCUCAAUAAAUACUUAUUAAAAUAAAAUGCUAGUUGAUUAAAAAUCCAACUAGUGGUGGCAACACAUAACUAUAGGUCUUCAGCAGGGGUAGUUGUGCGAUGUAAAACUGACUGCUACAAAAAUGUAUAAAAUAGCAUUUACGGGAAUUACUCCCUGCUUACACUAGUCCUUAGCUCAUCAUUCUGGUCAGAAUUAUCCUCAGCUCAACCAAAUGGAGUUACCGACAACAGGUAAGAUAUUAACUAUAUACUUUCCACAGAAUCACACUUUAAAUGCUGUGAACUUUUUUUUUGUUUAGGAUUUAAUGGUCAAAUGAAAUGUUCCAUCUCAUGUAAACUGUACAUAAAUAUCUGUAUUUUGUGUUUGACAUCACUCAGCUAGUGUCAAAUUAUUUAUUUUACAUCCCCAGUUUUAAGAAAGCAGCUUUGUGGAUAACGAAUGUUAAGAUUUUAAAGAAAACCGGUUGCUUUUUGUGAGUUUUAUGCGCGUGUAGCAGGCUGAAUCUUAAAACCCCCGCAGUCUGCAGCACCGACCGUGUUGGAAAAGGUUCAGCUCUUGCAGGUGCACAUACAAGGCUUCUUACAGCUCAAACCAAUAAACGUGAAAAGUGAAUUUAAGUUUAAGUUCCAGCCCCGUUUAUUUGAAACGUGCUUGGAUUUUAAUUAUUUUUGUAAUGGGGUAAUUUAAACAAAGAAUUUCAAGACGUCACUCCUUUCAAAUCUGGAACAAAUUCUAGCUAAAAUAUGAACGAAAUCAUUUCAUUUGCAGUUUAAGGCUAUACUUCUCUUUAGGUGUAAAGGCCAGUUCAGGUGGAUAAGCUGCAGCUUUACAAGGAAACAGUUUCUGAAGAUAGAAUUAUGGAAAAUAUAUUGGCGGCGUUUGACAAAAACUGUUGGUUCAGCUUGAGGAAACAGAAAACUUUACUUGAAAUUUUCUAUAAAAUUGUAAAAUAGGAAAAGUUUCUCAGCUUUUAUUUUCACAUAAUCAGCAGUGUGAAUGUCUAACAGAAACUUUUGUACAGCACUCUGGUUCUAUAUGGUUCUGCUCAGAGCUGCAGUCACCAGUUUAUAAAGGUAAAAAUGUGCUACUUUUCAGUUUUUAUGGUCUGAUCAUUUAUAACUUAAACUGCUGUAUACAGUAUCAGUAAAUAAUUAAGACAUCAAUUUCAUCUGAGUGUUUAAUUUUUCACUGGUAUUAGUUUUUUUUAGUAUUUGCUUUUGUUCCCCCACCUAAUUUGGCAUGCAGGUGAGUUCUGAAAUGUGGCCAGUUUUGGAUUUUCUUAUUGCCACAACUUUGUAAAGAAAAUAAAACCUUGAAAAGCUUUGAAAA